AUGGGAUCCGUUGCGCCUAAAUUGAGAGAGCUUGAUGCAUCUGAGAUCAAGGUCACUCGUUCGACAACCCUUCGCGAUGUCCCCCUGCCGGGUUCUCCAGAGGAAUUGAGUCACUCCCACUGCUCAGACCACAUGGUGACUGUCCGGUGGACUGUGAACAAUGGAUGGGAGACGCCUGAAGUGAAGCCGUUUGAGAAUCUCAGCAUUCCCCCUACCGCAUCUUGUUUGCACUAUGCCACUGAGUGUUUCGAGGGUAUGAAGGUGUACAGAGGAUAUGAUGGCAAGCUGCGUCUGUUCCGGCCAGACUGCAAUGGAGAGAGACUCGCCAACAGUGCUGUGAGGACUUCUCUGCCUGGUUUCCGGUACGAAGAGCUCAAGCGCUUGGUUGGCAAGUUGCUCCAAAUCGACGGACCCCGCUGGCUCCCCAAGGACCAACCCGGUCGGUUCUUGUACAUUCGACCCACCGUCAUUGGAAACGGCACGCAGUUGGGCGUUCAGACCCCCAAAGAAGCUCUCCUGUUCAUCAUUGCGGUGCCAUGGCCUGAUCCCUCCAAGAAGAAGCCAGAACAGUCGAGCACUCCACAGGGUCUGAAGCUUCUUGCCUCAGCACCAGAAACCAUCCGCGCUUGGCCAGGCGGUUUUGGAUACGCCAAACUUGGUGCAAACUAUGGUCCUUCGUUGGCAGCCCAUGGCCAAGCUCAGGGGUUGGGCUUUGACCAAGUCCUUUGGUUGUUCGGUGAAGACCGUCAGGUCACCGAGGCAGGUGCCAGUAACUUUUUUAUCGUCUGGGACAACAAGGAAACUGGGAAACUCGAGCUUGUCACCGCUCCUUUGGACAGCCAGCUGAUUCUCCCUGGUGUCACGCGACGAAGUGUUUUGGAGUUGGCACGAUCUCAGCUUUCCCAAUCAAAUGAAAGCCUUGCACCCCUUGACGUUGUUGAGAGGAGUUUGACUAUCGGUGAGGUCGAAGAAGCCUGGAAGGAGGGCCGCAUUGUUGAGGCAUUCGUCUCCGGCACUGCUUACUUUAUCUGCCCCGUCCAGCUGAUCAGAAAUGGUGAUGUCGACAUGAACAUGCUUGAAGCAGGCGUCAAGCGUGCCGGAUACGCAGCGCAGAUCAAGUCAUGGCUUGAGGCCAUCAUGUACGGCAAGGAAGACCACGAAUGGGCCUAUGUCAUCGAAGGAGAAGUUGAAAAUUAA